CGAGGGGGUAGUGAGCCCCAGCAGCCAGUGUCGUCUGCUGCUGCAACACUCACAACCUCACUCAAGUUCGGUUUUUAUAAUAUUAAAUAUCUACCCACUCUCUCAAUAUCUAGGGGCGGUAUGAAAACCAGUAUAUAAAUCAAACAGUCAUGGUUAUCUACUGUAGGACCAUAACAUCUCUACUGGAUCACAGUUCCAUUGCAGUGCAGUACAGAAAUAAAUUACAAAAAGUACAAACAUCAUAAGGAGUUGUGGGGAAGAUCAUUUCAAGUUGCAAUGAAGAUGAUUUUGCACUAAAUUGUAAUAACUGACUGUGUAUACACAAAAGAAAGGGUUAAUAGUUUAAAAAAAAAAAAAUAUUUGUAUGAAAAACCAACAUUAAUUUUACAAGUUGUCUUGUAUACUGUGCAGUAUAAAUUAUAUUUGCUAGUGUUUUCCCAUUAUAUCUAUGAAGAUCAGUGUGUGUGUGCAUGCACCCAACUCUCUCUCUCUCGAUUUGUACAAAAAGGUGUGGUAGUUAUGAAAAGUAAGUUUCUACUUUUUAAAUUGAAUUCUUAAAGAAAAGAACUUCUUUAACAUAUAUGGUGAACAGAAGCUCAUUUACUUGAAAAGUAAAAUUUGUUCAGUUGGUUGUGUUGGAAAUGAUUGCUCUAAAAAUGUUCCCAAGAAGAAAUGCAAGACUAUUAUCUGUUAUUGGAUUUACUUUGUUAAUAAUACUCAUGUUAUACAAAAUAUCUGGCCCUUUGGAUGGGUCAAAAAGCUUUGAAUUAGAACCAGGAACAGAACAAGCCCGGUCAAAAUCUGCUCGAGAUGACUCUCCUGAUCUUCUGACUCAGAGCCCAGAACACCUUAAGAAACAAAAGGAAUAUGAGAAUAGAAUCAUGGCUAACAUCAAAAAGAUGUCAGUCCAUAAGGAGCUUAAGCGCAAAAUGGAUCAUGACCCAGUGGGAAUUAUUUUGCACAAAAAACCAAGCCUUUUGGAUGGAUUAGGAAGAGUUAAUGAUUUGGAAGAACAAGACACAGCCAUACGGAAAAGUGUUGUGAUGGAAAAUCAGCUAAAGCAUAGAAUAGUACACUUGGAUUUAAAAGGUGCACCACCUAAAAUUGAGUAUCUUAAAAAACUGUUUCCACUUUUGCAUUCAUUUGGUGCCACAGGAUUGCUUUUAGAAUAUGAAGACAUGUUUCCAUACUGGGGUAAGCUUGAAUUUCUAUCAGCUGAAAAUGCAUAUGCUAAAGGUGAUAUUGCAGAUAUUAUAGAAAUUGCAAAGAGAAAUAGUCUCGAGGUCAUUCCUCUUGUGCAAACAUUUGGUCACAUGGAACAUGUUCUGAAACUUAAAGAAUUCUCAGAACUACGUGAGGUGCCAAACUAUCCUCAAGUUAUUUGUCCAACUAACAAUAAAACAUUAUCACUUAUUAAAAUGAUGAUUGAUCAGAUUCUGGAGAUGCAUCCAGGAAUUGAUUGGUUACACAUUGGUUCAGAUGAAGUAUAUAAUCUUGGAGAAUGUACCAGAUGCCAGCAGUACCUCCUUCAUCAACAGUUUGGAAAAAGUGACUUAUUUUUACACCAUGUAAAGAAAGUUGCCAAAUAUGUCAAAGAUAAUUAUGAUAUACAGCCCAUAAUGUGGGAUGAUGAAUUCCGAAAAAUUCCACUGAGGGCUAUUCAAGACUCUCAAGUAGGUCAGUUGUUGGAAAUCAUGGUAUGGAAGUACAGUACUGGCAUUAUGGUUGAUCUGCACUCAGACAUUUGGGAAAAAUAUUCAUCAGUGUUCAGUGGUGUAUGGAUUGCUAGUGCUUUCAAAGGUGCUGCUAAUCCUGAAAGUUACAUAACCAAUAUUAAUGAUCGUCUUAGUAACCAUAAAGAAUGGAUGGAAAUUUUUGAUAUGUAUAAAAAUACGAUUCCUUUUCGAGGCAUUGUAUUGACAGGCUGGCAAAGAUUUGAUCAUUUUGCAGUGCUCUGUGAACUUUUUCCCCAGGCUAUUCCGUCAUUAGCAGUGAAUCUGAUGUACAUCUCUGAGAGGAAAGCAGAUCAUGGUGCCUUGGCUCGAGUUGGAGAUGUCCUCAAAUGUAACUCAUUUAUAAACUUAGAUCUGCAGUAUAUGGAAUAUCCUAACAAGUGUGACUUUCCAGGUAGUGCAGUAUAUGAAGUAUCACAGAAGCUUUUCAUUUUAAAGAGGGACAUUGAUACCAUGCUACAUAAUCCUCAUGUAACUGGAUGGGUUUCAGAUUAUAACAUAGAGAAUAACUUUGCUAGUCCACAACAUGUUGAACAAGGUCUUCAGGAUCUCUCAAUGCUCUUGUUUGACUUCACCAAAUUAAUGACCGAUGCAGAAACAGCCUUGGCAGAUGUAUAUGAUGAGUAUACGGUCAAAGAAUGGAUUUCUUUAAAUAUCAAACCAACUCAUGAUAAACUUCAAAAAUUGUAUGCAUCAAGUACUAAACUUCAAGAGAAAAAAUACUGGCCAAGAAGACCUCUUGAUACUGAGCAAAACAAGGAACUAUAAAAUGUGAGCUUAGUUUUAAUUCCCUUAUUUGUGCAUAAUUUUUCUUUUCUGUGAUUUUAAUACAGUAGACCUCAUUUAACAUGGUAGUUACAUUCCUGAAAAUACCGUGUUAGGUAAAAACCAUGUUAGAUGAACUGAAGAAUUUACAGGAAAAAUAGGGUUACGUUCCUGAGUGCCCCAAAAAAGCCAAACAACUUUUUUUAGGCCUCCACAUCUUACAAAAAUAAAAGUGAAAAUGUAAUUGUAGUUCAUUGUUAUGAUGUAUUGUGUUGUUUUUACUGCUUAAGACUACACAUGUAACAGAAAUAAUAGUAUUUCUUACCUUAAAUUGUGGGUGAUUGUGUUUGUGGAUGAUUGUGAAGAGAGUGGAGAGUUAUGCUGUGGCCCUACUGGGCUGAGGUGGAUAGUAUAGGUUCUGGUAUUGAAGUUGAUGGUUGUACUGGAGUGUCUAACUUUAAGUCAUUCAAUCAAGUGAUUCAGUAAGUCAGCCAAGUCAUUCAGUAAGUCAGUCAAGUGAUUCAGUAAGUCUCAAGUGACUCAGUAAGUCAGUCAAGUCAUUCAGUAAGUCUCAAGUGACUCAGUAAGUCAGUCAAGUCAUUCAGUAAGUCAGUCAAGUCAUUCAGUAAGUCAGUCAAGUCGUUCAGUAAGUCAGUCAAGUCGUUCAGUAAGUCAGUCAAGUCGUUCAGUAAAUCAGUCAAGUCAUUCAGUAAGUCAGUCAAGUCGCUCAGUAAGUCAGUCAAGUGAUUCAAUAAGUCAGUCAGAUUCAAUAAGUCAGUCAAGUGAUUCAGUAUGUCAUUCAGUAAGUCAGUCAAGUCAUUCAGUAAGUCAGUCAUUCAGUCAGUAAGUCAGUCAGUCACACAAACUUAUGUUUACCUCUUUUUUAUGUGUACAAAGUAACACUUCAUUAUGGCCACAGGAUGUCUUGUCUAAUAUCUUUGUUUCCUUCAUUAAUUCUAAGACUUAAAUGCUUACACCUUUUCUUGCCACUUUGAGAAACACUGAUAUGCUUACUGGGUGUCAUGAUUGCUUGGCAGAUACAAGAUAUAGCAAUUAAAAGAUCAAAACACAGUUCACAAUCACAAGCUUGUAGCAGAGAAGUUGGACUGGACAUGUAUGAAGUACGAAUGCUUUGAUGGUGGGGUGGUGUUGGGGGGUGGCUUGGGAUGGCAGGAGGUCUCCCCAGCUGAACCACAACAAGGUGGUGGCUUGAGGAAAUGCGAAGGUUUUUUUCCUUCCCACAAACUGAACCGUGUUAAAUUCAUCAUACGAUGUGUUACAUAAAAUUGUGCCGCAAUUCUUCAAUCGUGCUAUACCCAAAUCAUGCCAAAUAAACUCGUGCUAAAUGACGGUCUACUGUAAAUUACUUUUUGUAAUAUUCAUAAUAUUAGACUUCGUUGAUCUCAGCGUUGUGAUAUUUUAGUGUAUGUAAAAUUUAUGAAGAUUCAAUUAGUAAUAGAAUUAUUUUAUUACAUAUAGUAGUAUAUGUUAUUAUGAUCUUAGAUAAUUUUAGCAUUGUGUAUCUACUACAUAUUCAAUUUUAUUCUUUGUUUUUCUAUUUGGGGAUGAAGAUAUACAGUUAUACAUACUGUAUUGGGAAAUUUUUGCUCUUCCAUUGAGAUCUAAUGAUAGCAUAAACCUUAACUUUUAACUUUAUCUUACAACUACUUACCUUUGUCCAAAUCCUGCUGCAGCAUACCUAUUAUGCCUUUUUCAUCCUGGGAACUUCCCAUCCAUGAUGGGAUGGAUAUAUGCAGGAUCCUUUCCCCUCACAUUUCAAAGAACCUGUUAAGUGUUAAAAAUUCUCUUGAAGAAGAACCUGACAAAUGUGUCAGAGAACUCUAUAUUAGUGUUCAGCAGUUUUAGAAAAAGCAAGAUGAAGUUGAAACAAUGAGACAUCCCUCUUGGCAAGUGAAGAUAAAUGAGAAGGUACAAGAGGACAGAAACAGUUGGAAAAACAAUGUGAAUUGAAAAGACAGUGUAAUGGUAGAAAAAAUGAAAAAAAAAAAAAAAAGUCACUGUAAACUGUGUGUAGUAAAAGACUUAACAGUAGAGAAAGAGAAAAUGGUGACUGCUUUUACUUCCCUCAUGGUAGUGCUUCCAUGGACAACUGCUCCACUACUCUACCUGUCUAAUGCAGUGCAUUUGAAUAUAACCCUGAUAGUGCACAUUAUCUUGUGAUAAUAAUAAUUUAGUGAAAUUUCCUUAAGAUAUAGGUGUUGUUAACACCCUUGUUUUUAAAUUAUUGCCUUAGUUAAUAUUACAGUAAUACUGUAUGGUAAUAUAAUUGUAUUGUGCUUUUGCUUUGGAGUUAUCCUUUCUAUACAGUGAACACCGCACAUAAUGCAUGUGCAGUAGUGUAUAUGUAUUAUUAAAUUCACUAUAUUCUCAGACUUAACUCAUAAACAUCUAGAACAAAAUUAGAGUAUAUCAUUAUAGUUUUGUAAUUUAAUGAUUUAAUGAGUUUUCCAAUUGAAUGUCGUAUUUCUGCCAUGUUUGAUAAUGCAGCCUACCAUCCACUUUAAACAUAGAAUGGAGUUACCAGUGCUACAGACUGAGAUGAUUUUUUUUUUAUUAAUGGUUAGCUAUAUACUACAGGGUAUAGGUAAAAUUAACAUAACCAAGAAUAAUGAAUAUAUAAUGUUUGUUGUUGUUUAGAUCAUGUGGAUAUUGACAUUAGUACUCUAAUGCGUACAAAAACAAAUGCUCUAUUAGGACAGAUAAACUCAGUAAGCGAGGGUUCAUGGUGCUUAAAUUUGACCUUUUAAGUGUUGCUUUGUUUGUGCUCUUAUUUCAUGAUUAUGAAAUCCAAGAUAGGAUUUAUUUAAAAGGAGAUUAUAUUUUCUUCUAAAGAAAUACAGUGGAACCUUGGUUUUCGUUUGCCCUGGUUUUCAUCGAAUUCGGGUUUUGACAAUUUUUUUCCUCAAAGUAUGUAUUGUCCCAGUUUUCAUCUGUCACCUUGGUUUUCGUGCGGGUACACAUUAAAAUCACUAAGAGUGUCCCUCUAGUCUUAACACCAUAGUAAUAACACUAAUAUGUAAUAAUCACUCUUGGGCACAUUAACCCUUUGAGGGUUUUCGUCGUACUAGUACGUUUUACGCGUAGGGGUUUUUGACGUACUAGUACUCAUAAAUUCUAGCGGCCUCAAAUCUAGUGGGAGGAAGCUGGUAGGCCUUCAUAUGAAAGAAUGGGUCUAUGUGUCAGUGUGCACAGUCUAAAAAAAAUCCUGCAGCACACAGUGCAUAAUGAAAAAAAAAAACUUUGACCAUUUUUUUUUAAUAAAUCAGCGACUUUGCAGUGUAUUUUCGUAUGGUAUUUAUUGUUGUAUUCUAGUUUUCUUGGUCUCAUUUUAUAGAAUGGAAGACAUAUUACAGAAAUUGAGAUGAUUUUGACUGGUUUUACAAAGAAAGGUGCCUUGAAAUUGAGCUCAAAGUAGCAAAAAUGUUCGAUUUUUACCAAACUUCAAAAGUAAACAAAUCGUGCCAAGCGUGCAAUACACGUCAACUGGUGAGUCUAAUAUUCUUUCACAAGUGCACCAAUAAUAUUUAUACCAUUUUUUACACUAAUGCAGUAGUCUGCAUAACAGUAAAUCUUAUAUUUUUUGUGAAAAUAAAAAUUCAAAGUGGAAAGCAAAAGAAUAUAAGAGGGGACUUGAGACAUGACUAAUGACUAGAGGAAAUGUCAUUUUAGUGCCAGGAAUGUCUUUCUUGUUUAUUCUGGACCCUAUUCGGAAAUUGGCAUCUUUUGAAAUUUGUGUGAAAUUGGCAAAAUUGCUAAAUUCUGACCACUGUACUGGAUAGUUGAAUUUCAUAAAUGAGUGGUUUCUUGCAUCCAUUCGAUAGAAAAAAUGGAGUUCUAGCGAAAUAUUCAUGUUUUUUGUCGACUAGUACAGUGAAAUUGGCCGAAAAUGGGGCUCAAAGUGGGCAAAAUCGCCGAUGCGUAAACAUCGCCGAGACCGCUAACUUUGCGAGAGCAUAAUUCCGUAAGUUUUCUAUCAAAUUUCAAACUUUUGGUGUCUUUAUGAACGGGAAAAGAUUCUCUAUCUUUUCAUAAGAGAAAAUAAUUUUUUUUUUUUUUAAAUUUGGCCGACCCUGAGAACGAGUUUCGGAGAGGGCCUGUCGACCCUCAAAGGGUUAAAUGUCUUAUUUUACAUUAAUAUAGACAUUUUCAUUAAGCCAUCUGUAAUAUUGUCUUCAAAAUUAUAUAAAAAACAAGAGGGGUGGUAGUCAGGUGGAGGGAAAACAUUACAUAUUCUCUGGUCCAGCACCUGAGAAAAUGUGUGUUAAUCUGCAUUGGCCCAGUCACCCCCCUUUUAUUUAUUUAUUUAUUUAAAAAUUUGAGCACACAUACAGAGGUACAAAAAAUACAGAUAAGAGCAGCAUGCCAAAGCCACUUAUACUAUGCAUAGCAUUACGGGCUGGCUUAAAAUUAACUUAAGAUGAACUAAGCAAUGAUGACAUCAGUGAUAAAACUUUAAUGUAAACAGAUUACUAUAAAGCACAAGUGAGUAUUACAAAGACAGGUCAUAUGGUUGUAUGCAUUGUUGUACAUUCAGUAGAAUGGAGUAUUCUGUUAGGUAGUGUAUUUAAAAAAUAAUAAAGUUAGAUUGGGUUUUAGGUUUAACAUUUAUGUGAUAUAAUUGUGAGAAACAUUUAAGAUAUACAAUUUAUAAGGUUCAGUUAUUCAGUAUUUAUUUGGGUUUGGGUGAGUAAGUGAUCUUUGAGAAGAGACUUGAAUUUAUAAACAGGUAGUGUUUCUUUUAUAUUUACAGGUAAUGAGUUCCAGAUUUUAGGGCCUUUUAUGUGCAUUGAGUUUUUGCAUAGUGUGAGAUGGACACGAGGAACAUCAAAGAGUGAUCUGUGCCUUGUGUUAUGGUCAUGUGUUCUGUUGAGGUUGGCAAGGAGAUGUUUGAGGGGAGGGUUAAUAUCAGAGUUAAGUGUUCUAUGUAUGUAAUAGGUGCAGUAAUAAGUAUGGAUGUUUUGUAUGGUGAGUAGGUUUAGUGUAUUGAAUAUUGGUGGAGUGUGCUGCCUAUAGUGAGAAUUUGUUAUCAUUCUAACUGCAGCCUUUUGUUGGGUAAUUAGUGGUCUGAGAUGGUUACUUGUUGUUGAGCCCCAUGCACAAAUUCCAUAGGUGAGAUAGGGGUAAAUAAGAGAGUGAUAUAGGGCCAGGAGGGCUGACUGUGGAGCAUAGUACCGUAUCUUCGAUAGUAUGCCUACAGUCUUGGAAAUUUUCUUAGAAAUUUGUUGUAUAUGUGUAUGAAAUUUGAGUCUAUUAUCAAGGUGGAUUCCUUAAUGCAUAACACUUUUGUUUACAAUUCCCGGGAUGAAUUAUUCAUUACGUCUCCCUUUGUUUAUGAUGGCUUCUGCAGGUAGUUUGUUAGAAAUGAUUAAAUUCAGUGAACAUGGUAUAUUGAAGGUAAUAAUAUGGCUCUGGGCUGCAUUAAAUAUCAUGUAGCUAUGUAAGCAGAUGUAGGUAUGUAGCCCAGGCAGACUACAUACCUUCAUCUACUGUCUAUGUACAUCUGAUUUUCUACAAAUAAGUACUACUCACCUCUUGCCCUACAUUAAGACUACAAAUAUUUUCAGGUAAGUAAUGAAUGUACUUUUUAUUGUUUUUUUUGAUGCCUAGUUCUAUUACUAACUUAAUAUAAGUUAGUGUAAACUUGACAACCCUAUGCCUGUUGUGGAAUCUAUUGUGGCUUUGGGGAAGUCCAUGGGGUUGGAUGUGAGUGGCCAGGAUGUGCAAGAGUUGGUGGACGACCACAAGGAAGAGCUAACCAAUAAAGAGCUGCAACACAAUAAAAUGUAUUUUUUGUUAAUAUUUUUGGAUGUCUGGAGUGGAUUAAUUGGAUUUACAUUAUUUUUUUAUGGGAAAUAUUGCUUUAGUUUUCUUUGAAUUUGGUUUUUGUCAGACUCUGGAACGAAUUAAAAAUGAAAAUCAAGGUUCCACUGUAAUUUUUUUUUUUCAACGAACCAGCUGUAUUCCACUGAGGCAGGAUGACCUAAAAAUAGAAACAAAAGUUUCUCUUUUUAAAUUUAGUAAUGUAUACAGGAGAAGGGGUUACUAGCCCCUUGCUCCCAGCAUUUUAGUCACCUCUUAUGACACAUGGCUUACAGAGAAGAAUUGUUUCAUUUCCCUAUGGAGAUAAAAGGAAAUGAACAAGAAAAAGAACUAUUAAUCGAAUAGAAGAAAACCCAGAGGGGUAUGUAUAUACGAAGAAAUAAUGUUCACACAUUUCUGCAAUGAUUAAGGUGACAUACCAAUUAAGGAGAGAGAGAGAGAUUCUGGGAAAUGUUGAGUGAAUGCGUGGGGAGUUUUGAAUCAAGUGUGAGAGUAAUGGUGGUUGGGGAUUUCAAUGCUAAAAUGGGUAAAAAUGUUAUGGAGGGAAUUAGUAGGUAAAUUUGGGGUGCCAGGGGUAAAUGUAAAUGGGGAGCCUUUAAUUGAGCUAUGUGUAGAAAGAAAUUUGGUAAUAAGUAAUACAUAUUUUAUGAAAAAGAGGAUAAAUAGGUAUGAUGUAGCACGUAAUGAAAGUAGUUUGUUAGAUUAUGUAUUGGUGGAUAAAAGGUUGAUGGGUAGGCUCCAGGAUGUACAUGUUUAUAGAGGGGCAACUGAUAUAUCGGAUCAUUAUUUAGUUGUAGCUACAGUUAGAGUAAGAGGUAGAUGGGAAAAGAGGAAGGUGGCAACAACAAGUAAGAGGGAGGUGAAAGUGUAUAAACUAAGGGAGGAGGAAGUUCGGGUGAGAUAUAAGCGACUAUUGGCAGAAAGGUGGGCUAGUGCAGAGAUGAGUAGUGGGGGGGUUGAAGAGGGUUGGAAUAGUUUUAAAAAUGCAGUAUUAGAAUGUGGGGCAGAAGUUUGUGGUUAUAGGAGGGUGGGGGCAGGAGGAAAGAGGAGUGAUUGGUGGAAUGAUGAAGUAAAGGGUGUGACAAAAGAGAAAAAGGUAGCUUACGAGAGGUUUUUACAAAGCACAAGUGUUAUAAGAAGAGCAGAGUAUAUGGAGAGUAAAAGAAAGGUGAAGAGAGUGGUGAGAGAGUGCAAAAGGAGAGCAGAUGAAAGAGUGGGAGAGGCACUGUCAAGAAAUUUUAAUGAAAAUAAGAAAAAAUUUUGGAGUGAGUUAAACAAGUUAAGAAAGCCUAGGGAAAGUAUGGAUUUGUCAGUUAAAAACAGAGUAAGGGAGUUAGUAGAUGGGGAGAGGGAGGUAUUAGGUAGAUGGCGAGAAUAUUUUGAGGAACUUUUAAAUGUUGAGGAAGAAAGGGAGGCGGUAAUUUCAUGCACUGGCCAGGGAGGUAUACCAUCUUUUAGGAGUGAAGAAGAGCAGAAUGUAAGUGUGGUGGAGGUACGUGAGGCAUUACGUAGGAUGAAAGGGGGUAAAGCAGCUGGAACUGAUGGGAUCAUGACAGAAAUGUUAAAAGCAGGGGGGGAUAUAGUGUUGGAGUGGUUGGUACUUUUGUUUAAUAAAUGUAUGAAAGAGGGGAAGGUACCUAGGGAUUGGCGGAGAGCAUGUAUAGUCCCUUUAUAAAAAGGGAAAGGGGAUAAAAGAGAUAGUAAAAAUUAUAGAGGAAUAAGUUUACUGAGUAUACCAGGAAAAGUAUACGGUAGGGUUAUAAUUGAAAGAAUUAGAGGUAAGACAGAAUGUAGAAUUGCGGAUGAGCAAGGAGGCUUCAGAGUGGGUAGGGGAUGUGUAGAUCAAGUGUUUACAUUGAAGCAUAUAUAUGAACAGUAUUUAGAUAAAGGUAGGGAAGUUUUUAUUGCAUUUAUGGAUUUAGAAAAGGCAUAUGAUAGAGUGGAUAGAGGAGCAAUGUGGCAGAUGUUGCAAGUAUAUGGAAUAGGUGGUAAGUUACUAAAUGCUGUAAAGAGCUUUUAUGAGGAUAGUGAGGCUCAGGUUAGGGUAUGUAGAAGAGAGGGAGAAUACUUCCCGGUAAAAGUAGGUCUUAGACAGGGAUGUUUAAUGUCACCAUGGUUGUUUAAUAUAUUUAUAGAUGGGGUUGUAAAAGAAGUAAAUGCUAAGGUGUUUGGGAGAGGGGUGGGAUUAAAUUAUGGGGAAUCAAAUUCAAAAUGGGAAUUGACACAGUUACUUUUUGCUGAUGAUACUGUGCUUAUGGGAGAUUCUAAAGAAAAAUUGCAAAGGUUAGUGGAUGAGUUUGAGAAUGUGUGUAAAGGUAGAAAGUUGAAAGUGAACAUAGAAAAGAGUAAGGUGAUGAGGGUAUCAAAUGAUUUAGAUAAAGAAAAAUUGGAUAUCAAAUUGGGGAGGAGGAGUAUGGAAUAAGUGAAUGUUUUCAGAUACUUGGGAGCUGUAUAGUCCUUGUGGCUUAGCACUUCUUUUUGAUUAUAAUAAUAAUCAGAUACUUGGGAGUUGAAGUGUCGGCGGAUGGAUUUAUGAAGGAUGAAGUUAAUCAUAGAAUUGAUGAGGGAAAAAAGCUGAGUGGUGCAUUGAGGUAUAUGUGGAGUCAAAAAACGUUAUCUAUGGAGGCAAAGAAGGGAAUGUAUGAAAGUAUAGUAGUACCAACACUCUUAUAUGGAUGUGAAGCUUGGGUGGUAAAUGCAGCAGCGAGGAGACGGUUGGAGGCAGUGGAGAUGUCCUGUCUAAGGGCAAUGUGUGGUGUAAAUAUUAUGCAGAAAAUUCGGAGUGUGGAAAUUAGGAGAAGGUGUGGAGUUAAUAAAAGCAUUAGUCAGAGGGCAGAAGAGGGGUUGUUGAGGUGGUUUGGUCAUUUCGAGAGAAUGGAUCAAAGUAGAAUGACAUGGAAAGCAUAUAAAUCUAUAGGGAAGGAAAGAGGGGUAGGGGUCGUCCUCGAAAGGGUUGGAAAGAGGGGGUAAAGGAGGUUUUGUGGGUGAGGUGCUUGGACUUCCAGCAAGCGUGCAUGAGCGUGUUAGAUAGGAGUGAAUGGAGACGAAUGAUACUUGGGACCUGAUGAUCUGUUGGAGUGUGAGCAGGGUAAUAUUUAGUGAAGGGAUUCAGGGAAACCGGUUAUGUUCAUAUAGUCGGACUUGAAUCCUGGAAAUGGGAAGUACAAUGCCUGCACUUUAAAGGAGGGGUUUGGGAUAUUGGCAGUUUGGAGGGAUAUGUUGUAUAUCUGUAUACGUAUAUGCUUCUAAGCUGUUGUAUUCUGAGCACCUCUGCAAAAGCAGUGAUAAUGUGUGAGUGUGGUGAAAGUGUUGAAUGAUGAUGAAAGUAUUUUCUUUUUGGGGAUUUUCUUUUUUUUUUGGGUCACCCUGCCUCGGUGGGAGACGACCGACUUCUUGAAAAAAAAAAAAAAAAAAUACAGGUGAUAUUGUAAUUACUAUAUAGGUUUUCCAAUGCUUUAUGCAUUGAGUGCAUUCCUGGCCCAUGGUACAUAAAGCUAAUUCACAUAAGAGGAACUCAUUAUAACGUGUAAAAAAUAGGGAUUUGUUCUGAGCCUUUGCAUAUUUGACAUUUCUUGACUAAUGUUUAUCAAAAAUAUAUGAGCUUACCACACAUGCACUAAAUGGUCAUAAAAAAGAAAGGAAUUUGUUGAAAAAAUAUGAGAAAAAUAAAAAAAUCAGUCAUAA